AUGGACAAGGUCACCGGGCAGCAUCAGCAUGUCACCCGGAGCGCCGCCGAAGAUGAUCCAGCCAAGCAGUGCCGUGCUACUGGGACAAUCCUUAGGUAUUUUCAGUGGAUUUUCCUUCUUCUAAUAUUUCUGGAUGUUGAGCCACACCCGAUACCCAAAAACUACACCAAGCCUGAUGGAUGUCUCGAGAAUGUUAUCAAUUCAGAGGUGCAGAUUCUGGACAAUGAAAUACCUGGAUACUUCCACUUUGACCUGCCCGAAGGAGGAUACAUACGGGUGAUUUAUCACGUGGAUAAGUACGGCUUUUAUACCGAAACUUUGCUCUGACAUAGAAUGAUUCUUCCGCUGAGUGUCUGUCUGUGCAGUUUUGCCAUAAUUGGAAACCAGAUUUAUUCCAACGAGUCUAAUUUGUAUUUAAGUUUUUAAAAAUAAAAAAAGCAACAUGCAAAUAUAGAUCAAUAAGUUGUUUAAAACCGUUAUAGAACUGCUGUUUAAUAUCCCGUGAUAUUCGGAAUGCAUCUAUAUGACGGUAAGCAGACGUCGAAGUGAUCUGAGAAUUUGUGUAUGUAAAUUUUGAUAAUUUAGCAAUUCAGAUUUGGGUGAAUGUAGCCAUCUGUCCAGUACGUCAUAGAUCUCUGAUAGGGCUUGGAUACUGGUGGGCCGGCUGAACUAGUUUGCCAGAUCGGGUGGAGCGUCGAUUGAUGGGCAUUUUAUUAGGCGGAGUGCUA